AUGUCCACGAAAAACCCUGGAAAUCCUGGUGCAGGUAUUGGUAUUGAUAAUGAUCCGAAGACAGAUUCACCUUCCAUAUCUUCUACAUCUUUUAUACAUUUUACAGAUUCUCCUUCUAUAUCUUCUACUGGAGAGGACGGUAUGAUUCACAUUUCAAGAAGUGUGAUUCAUGAGACUGCUUUAUCUGGACAUCGAGGUCAAAUGGAUGGUUUAAAAACUUAUGAAGAAGAGAUCCUCAGUUUGCUCAAACCGUCAACACCAAUAAUUCCUUUAUCACCUCUGCUUUGCCCCUCGACUGAAGAUCUCAUGGGAAUGAUGGGGGAAAUGGCUGUUUUUUCCAAUGAGACAAUCGAGUUGGAGAAACAUCAACCUUUCAUAACUACAACUCCUGAAAUUAUUCAAGGAAUCUUUAAACACCUUAAUCCUGUUGAUACAGUCUGCUUCAGUCUGAUGAAUAAAUACAUUCACAAUAUCUAUCUCUCUCUCGGCACCCAUCAUAUCCCUGACUUCAAACCACCACUUCAAAUUGGUCGACCUGAAAGCAAAUUUCCUGUCAUCCCUGGACCACAACAUGGAUGUCGUCACUGUUGCCCUGUGGCAUUUUUCCCAGCACAUUGUGAAUUGCAUUUUCAUCUGAAGAGUUUCAUGCCAUCGAAUCUCACUUUUUGCGCAGGACAGUGUCAAAAGUUUACGAGCUGUGAACCUUAUGAUUCAAAAGCAUGUGGAAUGUGCGGAAGGGGUUAUAGGAAACAGUUUGAGAGGGGUAGGAGAAUGAUAAAUGUAAAACGGCCAAAUGGAAGCAUACACAAAUGGUAUGAACAGCCGAGACUUGAUAGGGAGAAUCGGGAUCGCGAGGAUCGUUUGCGCUUACGAAUAACUGCACAAGCAUGA